AUGGGAGAGGAGGUAGUUAGGUUAGAUGGACAUGGCGUAACUGAUGGCACGGUGGCUGGUUUGUGUGAUCACCGUAAUAUCCGACGCGUGGAAUUAACGAACUGCACCCGCAUCACUGAUAUCAGCCCAUUGGCCAAUAUUUUUACGCUCGAAGAGGUGGUCAUACGCAACUGCCAGUCCGUGCGUUACGUUGGAACACUUGGCCAAUCGCAGCCGUCUCUGCGCAGAAUUGAAUUCACGGGGACCCCUCUGACAGGAGAGCAGCUGCAACUUCUUAGAAGUGCGCAAGCGCAAUUAAUUCUUAGAGACGGCGACUUUCCAGUACAACUGAAGCAACCAGGACAACUCCUCGUCAAGGAAUCCAUCGAUGUUGUCAAGGGCAUCGUAAGUCAGUUCAAGCCUGAAGAAAUUGGGAUUGCCUUCAAUGGUGGCAAGGAUUCUGUGGUUAUGAUGGACAUCCUCUACUGUGUCAUGGGGGCAGAAUUCAUUUCUCAGUGUUGUGUGUUUCAUCUCAACACAAUCAACGAUAAGGAGUUUCACGAAGUGGUGGAGUUCAGGAAGGCAUUCGCUGCUGCCAGAAAACUCUCUAUAGUUCAAUCUGAUCAGAUGUUAUCCAUGAAGGACGGGCUUGAACAAGUCAAGAAAACGAUGGGUAUUCGAGUAGCUUUCAUGGGAACGCGCAAAGCGGACGGUUGCCAUCAAAUGACUGGUGUAGAGAGAACCACGGCGGGCUGGCCUGAUCUGCUGCGCGCCUGCCCGCUGUUUUGUUGGGAGUAUGAAGAUGUUUGGGGCUACAUACGGACCUAUGAUCUUCCCUUCUGUGAAUUGUAUGAAAAAGGAUAUACUUCCCUUGGAGGCGCGAACAGCACCAUUCCAAAUUCUCACCUGUCCCGCGAGGAUGGAACGUUCCGCCCCGCCUGGGAAUUGGCUAAUGGGAGGUCUGAGCGAUGUGGAAGGCUAAGCACAUGA